AUGUGUGCAAACAAAAUGGGGGAGCAAGAUCCAAACGAUGAAUUAUAUUCCAAACUUUGUGAGUAUAUAAAUCAGAUUGGGAAUACUUCAUAUUGUGAUGGAAAGAUUCAUUUUAAAAAUGUAGAGAAAAAUGGUGAAGAUAAAAAAAAAACACAUACCAGUUCUCAGUUUAGUAUCGAUAAACUUUAUUGUCAUGAUAGGGAAGAAAAAAAAAAUGAAGAUCAAAAUAACGAGAACAAUGAAGAAAAGAAUGAAAUGGUGAAAUAUGAGGACUUGUUUAUGGAAAUAGAAAACUAUUAUUUAAUUUAUAAAUUGAAUAGAAAGUUUGAAGAGUAUAAAAAUAUUAAAGAAAUUGAAUUAAUAAAAAAUAAAAGGACAUCAAAUUCAGAAGAAAUAGUUAAAAAAAUUCAUACGAUUUUAGAUCAUCAUCAAGCUAUAAAAGAUGAAUUAAAUAUACUAGUACAAAAUAAACAUUCUAUAUAUAAAACUUUUUAUUCUAUAUUUUUAAAUUAUUAUGAUAAAUAUUCUCAAAUAAAACAAAUUAAAUUAAAUAAGAAUAAACUAAUACAACAUUUAAGACAUUACACAAAUGCUGAACGGUUUGAAGCUAUUAUAAAUAAUAUAGAAACAAAUGGAUAUCAAUAUUUUAUAGAUAUAUUUAACAGAUCCCAAUUUGAUGAUGAUCAAAUUAGUAAUCCAUCAACCAGUAGUGAUACUACCAUCUCUAGUUCAGAUCAUAGUUAUACAAGUGAGAUUGAUCAAAUCGAUGAAGCUGAUAAAUGUAGCAUAGAUAAUAGUAAUUCUGAUGAUAGUGUUAGUGACCUUUUACAAAAUACUGAAUGGGAAGUUGAUCAAUAUGACAUGUCUAGCGACAUAGAAAUUGAAGAAAACGAAGGAAGUAAAUUUGAUGAAAAUAGGGAAGAAGUUGUAGGAUAUAUUAAAAAAAAUUCUAAUAUGAUAACAAACAAACUUCAAAAUAAAAAAUGUAAAAAAAAUAUAUAUACUACUAAUAAAAUGGAUAAUAAAAAAUAUGAUACGUUUAUAAAUAAUUUUCCAAAAAAAUGGAAUAAAAAAAAUGGUGUAAAAAAAAAAAAAAAUGUUAAAAAAAAUGAAAUUUAUUAUAUGCUUCAAUCUUCAGAAAAAGCUAUAAAGUUUUUUAAAAAAAAUCCAACUUAUUUUAACGCCAAAAAUAAGCUAGCCAAAUAUCAAUAUAUUAUUAAACGAAUACUAAAAUAUGUUAUAAAUAUGUUUAGAGAUGUUUUAAAUAAUACAGAUUUAAAUAUUCUAGAUAAAAAAAAUACGGAUGAUCAAAGUAAUAUAUAUGAUAUCAUGCCGUAUGGACAAGAAAUAAAAUAUGGCCAUAUAAAUAGAAACACUUCCAACAACAAUAAUACAUUAUUUAAUCAUCAAACUCGAAACAAAAAUAAUAUCAAUGAAGAAAAUAAUCAUAAACAAUCAUUAUUACAUACAGAUAAAUAUACACACAAAAAAAGCCACGAUGUUGCUACCAGUUCAGCACAAGAGGAUAGAACUGAGAUGCCCCAUCAUGAUGGUGAUUCUAAAAAUUUAUUUGGCGUCGAAAAAAAAGCAGAGGAAACCAACAAAAUGGAAAAUACAAAAAGAGAAAACCAGAAUGAACAACACAUAAAAAAUAAGUAUAAUGUUGAAGUAAAAAAUGAGAUUGAUCAUGGAAAGUACAAGUUAGGGUACCUAGAAAAUGGCGUGAAAAAUACAUCGAUAUUUCUUACAAAUGAUGAACAAGAAAUUGAUAAAAUUUAUAAUAAUGUGAAUAUUAUAUAUUUUAAUAAACAUAUAAAUGUUAUAGAAUAUUAUGAUAAAUAUAAAAUAAAAUGUGGGUGUGUAAAAGAUAUAAUAAGUUUUAUAUAUUUAAAAUUUCAGGAUGAAAAUGAUUUAUAUAUUGAUGAAUAUAAUUCUUUAGAAAGUUUAUAUGUAAGUUCAAGAUUAAAAAUAUUAAAUAAUAAUUUAUUAAAAAUAUUUGAAAAUUUUUCAAAAAAUAAUAUGCCAAAAUAUAUAAAGAAUAUAUGUUUAUUAGCUAUAUAUAUAACAAAAUUAGAAGUAGAUUUAUAUCAUUCCAUAUUUAAUAAUAAUUUAAAUACAUCUAUAAAUAUUAUAUUGAAUAAUAUUGGAUUAGCUAUAUAUGAUAAUAUUAAUCAAACUAUUUAUCAAUUAAAUAAUAUUAAAAUUAUUAGGGAAAUUAUUCAAAUGAUUUAUCUAGAUAUUAUUGAAAUAUAUACAGAUAAUAUAUAUAGCAUAAUAAGAGAUUAUUUUAAAAAGUUGUCUAACAUACUAAAAGAAAGAUUAUUAUAUAUCGUAGAAAUGCAUAUGUCAUACUAUACAAAAAAUAUUAACACAUCUAUUCCUUACAUUUGUUUUAAACCUGUUAAGAAAAAAUUUAUUAACAUAAUUAGUGAUUUCUUUGCGGCAUCCAAUAUGGAUGAUAAUACUGGAAUGAAUGAAAAUAAAAAAAGUCAAAAUAUAAACACUAACAAUAAUAAAGAAACAGAGUCACAUUUUGAAACAUCAUCAAGUGAUAGUGCAGGAAGUGAUAAUAAUAAUAAUUAUAUGGAACAUACAUAUAAUAUAAGCUUAUUAAAUGAAAAAAAUGUAUAUAAAAAUUUUAAUUUUCACAACUCUCAAUUUAGUAAAGAUAGUACUUUUUCAUUAGCAGGUAUAAAUGUUAAUAUAAUUGGAACUAUUUUAAUUUUAAAAACAUUGAAUUAUAUAAUAGAACAAAAUAUAUUUAUGGAUAUUUUUAAAGAAUGCUUAAUAAAUUCAUUUAAUUCAUUAACCUAUAUUUAUAAAGAAAGUACAAAAAAUAAUGAAGAUACCGGAAAAAACGAUAACAAUAAUAAUAAUACUAUUAAUGCUGAUUUAUUUUUGAUUAAAAAUUUGAGUUUUUUAAUUUAUUUAUUUUAUAACAUAACUAAUGAUACAGAUUAUUUUAAAUUAUAUUUAAAUCAAGAAUUAACACAUGAUUUAUUGUAUCAACAAAUAAAUGAUAAAUUAAGGAAAGACAAAGAAACUGGAAAAAUAAGAGAUACAAAUAAUCUAACACAAGGACAAGAAUAUUCAAUAUUUUAUUUUAUUAAAAAGGUUUAUAACAUAUCUUCUACAGAUGAUAUUCAAUACAAAAUAUUAUCCUCCUUUAAUCAAUCUAUGCAUAAUUUUUCCAUUACUACAAUUGCUCGAGUUUGUUUCCCCCUGAUUAAUAUUUUGUCUGCUGAAUAUAAAGACAAGUUUUCGGAAAAAGAAGAGAGCAUAAAAAAUAUGCUUGAAAAGUUGUUAAGUAACAAAAAUGAACAAGCCGAUAAUCAGAACAAUGAAUCAUUUAAUUAUGUAAAAAUUGAUUUUAGCUAUUUGAAAAAUGUAAAUUUUGAUCUAUUAGAAAGUUAUGGAAACAAACUGAAUGACGACAGUGUAGAAAAUGACAACAAUACGGAUAUAAACAUUUUAAAAACAAACUUAGACUCAUUUAAAAAAGGGCUAUAUAAAUUAUUCCCUAAAAUAUAUUUUUAUGUUAAAAUAUUUAUCAUUUCAAAUGCUGAUAACCAUUUUAAAGGAAAUAAUUUUUUUUAUUCCCUUUUCAACUAUAUCAUAGGUGUGUUGAAAUAUAAAAUCAUUUUCUUAUUAAGCGAAGUCUACCUAUUGCUACGGUGCAAAUACCCCAAGUGUGUAAAAGAAAUAUUUGAAGAAAAUUAUAUUGAGGAUAUUUUCUUUUUUUUAAAAUCAAAUGACUAUUUUUGCAAUUUUGAGGAUAUACAAAAAUGCUACGAGUUAGGAAAAAGCUAUGAUAUUUUUUCUGACUAG